UCAAGUGGCGUUCUCCCACCAAUCGGAGCCUCACAACAAUCUUCGUGGCCACGCCUCCAGGAAGCGAAAAGCACCUGAUGUGUCAGAAGCUCCCGGUAGAUUUUCUUCACAACACAACGAUUUCUAGUUCAUAUUUUAUCAUUGCGUGUUUCCUGUUUUUUUGGCAGACUUCGCGCGCGUGUCUCACCCCCCCUCGGAAGUCAGUGAUAUAACCGUCACUUUAACCCGCGUGUUGAAGCUGGCUUCGGCUCAAUGGCCAGUCACUUCCCGAGUGCCUCCGAGCUGGUCGCCGGUGCGCGGCGCCUCUACGAGCAGGCGUUCGGAGAGGGGCCCCCUCGGGUGGCGGUGUGUGCUCCCGGGAGAGUCAACCUGAUAGGGGAGCACACAGACUACAACCAGGGAUUUGUCCUUCCGAUGGCGCUGCCUCUGGUGACCGUGGUGGUAGGCGGUCGAGCCCCUGGCCAGGUUGCUAGCGUUGUAACGGCAAACGAGGACGCUGAUGAGCCUCGGAGAGUGGACUUCAGCCUGCCCGGAGACGGAUCGCCGCUGUGUCCAGGGCUGCCCGGCUGGGCAAACUAUGUGAAGGGUGUUAUACAGCAUUACAGGGCUCCGCCUGUCCCAGGCUUCAGGGCGGUGAUAGCCAGCAGUGUCCCCCUGGGAGGAGGUCUGUCCAGCUCGGCCUCUCUGGAGGUGGCUUUCUACACAUUCCUGCAGCAGCUCAAGCCAGAUGAUGGAGACAAGGUGUCCAAAGCACUAGCCUGUCAGCAGGCAGAACACACUCAUGCUGGUGUACCCUGUGGCAUAAUGGAUCAGUUUGUGUCUGUCCUCGGCAGCGAGGGACAUGCUUUGCUCACUGACUGCAGGUCCCUAGAAGCAACGUCCAUUCCCCUAGCAGAUCAAGGCCUGGUCAUUCUCAUCACCAACUCCAAUGUGAAGCACUCUCUAACCGGCAGUGAGUACCCCAUGAGACGCAGACAGUGUGAGGAGGCUGCCUCCAUCAUGGGAAAGGCCAGUCUCAGAGAUGCUACCAUGAAGGACCUGGAGGAGGCAAGAGACAGAAUGGAUGAUGUUACCUAUCGAAGAGCUCUUCAUGUAAUUGAGGAGAUAGAAAGAACAGUCCAAGCUGCUGAAGCCCUGAAGAGAGGAGCUUACAAAGCCUUUGGCAAGCUCAUGGUGGAGAGCCACAACUCCCUCAGAGAUCUGUAUGAGGUGAGCUGCAGAGAGCUGGAUGAGCUGGUGUCUGCAGCCUUGGAGGUGGAGGGGGUGUUUGGCAGCCGGAUGACAGGCGGAGGAUUUGGUGGAUGCACUGUGACUUUGAUGCAGGCCCAUGCCGUUGACAGGACUAUACUCCACAUAAAGGGGCGAUACAGUGGAACCCCGACUUUCUAUGUCACUACUCCUUCAGAGGGAGCUCGGGUUCUCAGUCUGUCCUGAACUUUAUCAACACAUCUCUGCUAUAUGAGAACAACAGAUUCAUCGUUUUUUUACAUGCUUUAAUACUUGAUUUUUUUUUUUCAAUUCUUGCCAUUAAAGUGAUAUGCUAAUGUAAAGACUAGAGAUGAUUGAAAAAGCAUUCCUAUUAAUGUGGGAAAAAUGCCUUCAUAGUAAAAAAAAGUGAUUCCUGGUAACAUUUUUGGCUGGACUGCAACAGUGACGCCAGCCCUAGAAACGCAAAUGUCCAUGGCUGGCUGACUGAGUGAUGUGAGUGACUGACUGAUUGAAUGAGUGAUGAAGUAACACCAAUGGUUAGUCGAAUGCUGUGUGACUGAGUGCUGAAGUUACACCAUUGGUCAGCUGGCUGAGUGUUGGACUCUCCCCAUUUUCCGUUGCUCUUUCAAAAUGAAUUGGCACCAACAGUUUCUAUUAUGUCAUCAGGGGGCAGUGUUGCCAACUCAGCACCUUUUUGGCUAGAUUUACCAACUUUUAAGACCCCGAUAGCUACUUUUUUUCCACAAAAGCACAACUUUCUGUAGGUAUGAGUCACCAGUAUUGCGCCACGAGCGUGAGGUUUCACAGGUACACCUCUCCUCGGGUCUAAUUCAGUUGACAAAACAGCAGCUGACAUAGAUGUGAAUAAGCUUCUAACUUUUUUCUCUAAGUGAUAAUUUUAAAGGUAAUUAUAGCCACAAUCACAGCACAGCUGUUGUCUCUAACUUACGUGUAUGGUGAUUUAGUCAGACAACGUUGCGGUUCUAAAAUCAGGAUUUUAGCAGUGCAGAUCAGCAGCAUGGAAAUGGCUUGGAAGUGACUGCUGUUUAACAUGUAGACCUAAUGGGCUGUGUUUCAGUCAUCAUUCCAUACUUGUUACAUUGUCUGACAAUAGAAACAGAAAAUCAUGUAAGGCCUAGUCCACAUGUACACAGGUAUUUAUUAAAACGGGGGUUUUCCUCCUUUGUUCUUAAAAAAAAAAAUCUGUCUACAUGAAAACGUAAAAAUAUGCUUUCAAAUGCUGUCAAAAGCUUGCCAAACCAACAGGCGGCAAUAUAACCCUAACCAUAAAGCCAUGUUGGCCAAUCAGAAAUCUGAAAAAAAUUAUUACCAGUUCCGGUAAACUAACAAUGAUGUCACAAGCAAAAAAACGCUUUCCCUGUCACAUGUCUCACUAAAAACUGAGUUUCUGACCAUCUUCAGCCUAGCAGGAGUUUUGCAAAAGAUCCAUUUUCAGUGACCUAAAAUGCAGUUUGCGUGUGGACCAAAGGCCAAAAAUGCAUAGAAAAAGCUACUUUAUAAGAAAAUACCCGUGUACACGUGGACAAACAUGUACACAGGCCUAAAUGAAAACAGCUUUAUUGGGAAUUUGGCUGUAUUAAAAUACUGUGUAAGUGAGAACAGAGAGUAGGAGAGAGCCAAGCAGAUGAAGGGCGGUCCAGCCAUAAACUAGGUUUUGUCUUAAUCUAGUUAUUACUAGAUUUUUGUCUCAGUUAUGCAAUGCUUUAUUUUCUAGAUAACUUUUAGCAACUGUUUAUAAAAUAAUGACUUUGUAAUUGCGAAAAUUCUGGCUAAACUGCACAUUUUUUCCAUAUGGAAAUGGAAUGGAAUAAAUCAUGUUCAAAAAUGUGACAUGACAUUUUAGUUUAAUUAAGUAGCAACAGGCAGCUCUCAGAGAAAAGCUUUAAUAAACCCACUGUGCUCUACCUGCUCAGCAACAAAACUAAACUAAAGACUAAAGAGAUGUAUUUUAAUCAGGAGGUGGUAGAGACCAAAAAAAACUAAAGACACAUCCCUGUGUUUAAUGGGAUGAUAAUACUUCUCUGGGUCUAUUGGAUUAAGUGAAAACACCUGUGGGGUGAGCUAUGAGUAUGUAGCGGCUUUAAAAUAUUUGCUGACUUUAAAUGAAGCUGUUGUCUGUUGUUGUCUUCAGAUAAAGUUGUAACUGCUCAACCUUUGCCCUUUAAAAAAAAACCAAAAAAAAAAAAACCUUUAUACUGGAAGUCUUAUUUUUAAUUUUCACUGGCUAUCUUAACCUGACCUGUUCAAAAUCAAAUAAUCAAAGUAUACUGUAUUUUGGAUUUGUGAGAAUAAAUGGGAUUUCAAAUCAUAUUUUUCUUUUUGU